UUCUGGCCAUCCUCUCGAUAAACUCAGCACAAGAACAAGAAAUUUUGAUGUUUGGGAGGGAGAAGAAGAGCUGCUGGUACCACAAGUACUUACACUAGACCGCAAGUAUUUGGAUCCAGUGGUAUACUUAAGUAUGUAGUAGGGUGAGACUGGUUGGGGCUUAGCGUCAUGGAGGACAAAGGGCAUGUCCUACUGAAUGCGGUUCCUCCUUACGGACAUGUUAUUUGCAGCGAGAAAUGGAGAAAUUCGUCGCUCAUUCAAAGCUUAAAAGGUGGUGGUGUUAAAAUCCUCUUUGAGAAUGAGCUUGGUGUGGCAGAUUUCCACCUGCCCAACAAAACCAGCAUUCUGUAUGUAUCUGAGUGCGACAUCAUAGCGGGGAACAGCUACAAGAGGAAGCUGGUUCGUUACAGAAAUGCCAGCAGCAGUUUCCAGGAGCUGGUGUUGGUGGAGAAGACCAGACUUAGUGAGCAGUACUUCCCCACUGUACAGAAGUUUGUGGCGUUUGACCUGGGUCUGUCUCUGCUGCCGGUCAGCGGACAGACUGAGGCCUCACAGCUCGUCACCCAAAUCGUUCAUGGGGAGGCCAGAGGGAACCCAUUCAGACGGAAGAGUUCAUGCAGGCUGUUGGACCCACUAGUUCUGGCUUUUGUCCAGCGGGUUCCUGGGGUGGGAAAAGUCAAAGCUCUGGCUCUGCUGCAGAACUUCCCCAGCAUCCAGGAGCUCUGCAACGCUGUCCCUUCUGAGUUGGAGCCUAUCGUGGGCCAAGCUGGCGCUCAGCAGAUCCACAGCUUCUUCCACAAACACACAGCUGCUGGAAGCUAAAGGUCACAAAAAGUUCCUGUUCCAGCACCAAAAUCUUAACACGGUGGAUCACAUAGACUCACUUUAUUUGAAAUUUGUAAUGCUACAAACGCAAAGUUUGUCAUUUACAGUGUGCAAACUAUAAGAGACUAUCACUGUUACAGCCUUGCGCAAUUCACAUGACGUCAGUUUGUAAAGUUAGGAAAACAUGCCUGACUUAAAAACUAGAAGUGGGAGAAGGAAUAAUUAAUUUACAAGUUUGGUGAAAAUGCUACCCUGCAGGUGUUUGGCAGGUAAUUUAGGUUUAUCAGUUCGGCAUUCACAGAACAGUGAACAGAUAUAUUCACAGGCCAUAUCAAAUGUUUUCUCUCAAGGCACUUAGAGCAAGUGGUUAAGAUUAGAGAAAGAGUGUGGUCUGGUUUAACAGACCUUAAAUGUUCAUUUAUAUUUAAUCCAAACCACAAUCUUUCUGUAAACUUAUGAAUCUGUGGUGGGAGAGUUGAAUGUUUUUUUUUUUUUUUGUUUUUAACACCUGCCUGUGCAUGUAAUUGAGCCAGAAGUUAUAUUUGCCACUGAACAAGGAGACAGUUGAGUCAUAUAUGAAUGUAACUUCAAGGCAUUUCGCUUGGUUGUGCUGUUCUUUGGCAUCAUGUAUUGUUAAUGCUUGUGUUUCAAUUCAGCUGUUAAAUCAGCUUCCUUUUUAAAAGGGCUUCAACCAAACAAAUUAUUCAGUUUGCUAAUUCCAAGCAAAAAGAAGAAAAACUUCAUUCAUCGUCUGUGUAGGAGGGUGAUCAUUUUCUUUAUGAAGUCGAAAGGGAAUGGCCCGUGUUCUUUUAUUUGUUUGUUUUUUUACUUUUUCUCAAUAUAUCCUUAUUGUUGUGCUUCA